AAGAAUGGCGGACGAUUCCAUUCACAAAACGGCCUUCCGAACUCGGUACGGAUUGUACGAGUAUCUGGUGAUGCUGUUCGAACUCACCAACGCACCUGCAACGUUCCAAGCAGAGAUGAAUCACAUCCUACGCCCACUCUUGGACGAAUGCGUGGUGGUGUACCUCGUCUACUCGCGCGACAUGCAACAACACGUCGAACACUUACGACGCGUCUUCGAGAUUCUUCGACGAGAACGCUUCUACGUCAAACUAUCCAAGAGCGACUUCGCCCUCAAGAAAGUCCAAUUUCUUGGACAUAUCGUAAGCGCUCAAGGAGUUCACGUCAACCCCAAGAAAAUCGAAGCCGUACGUACGUGGAAGACACCCGAGAAUGUGAAAGAGUUACAGCAGUUCCUUGGCUUCGCUAACUACUACAACAGGUUCGUGCCGCAAUACGCGAAAAUCACCGCGCCACUCACGAAUCUGCUAAAAAAGAACACGCCCUGUAAAUGGGAGCCGAAGCACCAGGAAGCCGUGGAGCAGCUGAAGCAAGCACUCACGUCCGCACCCGUACUCAUCUUGCCAAACCCCGAACGCGACUACGUUAUCAAAGCUGACGCCAUCGACCAGGUAGUGGGAGCAGUCUUGAUGCAAGACCAGGGGAAUGGACUGCAACCAAUCGCCUAUCUCAGCAAGAAACUAUACGGGGCAGAACUCAACUAUCCGAUACAUGACAAGGAGGCCCUGGCUAUCAUCAUCGCCUUCAAAACGUGGAGAUGCAAUCUCGAAGGACGCAAGACGACAGUAGACACCGACCAUUGCAGCCUAAAAUAUUUGAAGACGCAACCAAGCCUCUCCAGGCGACAGGUUUGGUGGAUCGAGUUCCUUGAGACGCACUUCCACUACCACAUCGUGUACAAGCCUGGCCAUAAAAACACGUUGCCGAUGCGCUUAGCCGGCCUGCACACGUUGCCGCUAUCCAAGUUGAAGGGAUGAAUCCACUCCUCAAGGGACUCUUCACACAC